GGCCCCGGAACAGGGAGACGCGAGAACCACUAGUCAGGCACUUCCGCUUCCGCCUCGCUUGACGUUCCCGCCUCUUCGAAUCCGGUCGGAAAGGAAAGAAAGAAAGAAGAGAGUCUCGUGAGGGAUAGUCUUCUCGGUUUUUUCCCGCCUCGGUUCUUUCGGGCAGCACCGUUGUUUUCGUUUCCGACUGGUGAGAAGAGAGGAUAAUCUGUGUUGCAUAGAGAGUAAUCUUCAAAAGGACUACUUGGAAGCAUUUUAAGUUUAGACCAUCUGUCAGUUAUGUGAGCAGUCUCUGCAAUGGAUGAAACUGCUGAUGUGAAGAUGGAUGCUGGAGACUAUGUAUUGGCUAAUCACACUUCUGUAUUCAAGGCCCAUCCUCUACAACAAGAUGCUCUGUUGGGGGAUCACGUUCUGUUGUCUGGCAACAAGUUUUCAUCAGACAAGUUUGGCAGCGUGGAGGGACCUUUCACUGGUCCAACUGCAAAUGCCUCACGUACUCUCAAUUACUGUUCAGAAAUGUCAGCUCCGGAGAGUUAUCAAGCUGCAGAAGCACUAAGAACAUUUGAAACAAGUGCCAAUGGACAGUGGAGGAGUUGCAUUCCUACCCCUUGUUCCAUUUUGCAGAAACCCAGAGGAAGUCGGAGUGCAUAUUUUGAAACUCGCAAACUUUCAAGUGGGACGUCAAAUUCCUUUGCAGGGAAAUCAAAUCAUCAUUGCCAUGUUUCUGCCUAUGAAAAAUCCUUUCCAAUCAAGCCUGUUAGCAGUCCGUUAUGGAGUGCACCAUGCCGUCGAAGCCUGCUGAGUCCCAAGAAGUCUCAGAGGAGGUUCAUCAGUACAGCAGAAGAGACUGUUCGAGAGGAAGAAAAAGAACUUUACAGGCAGCUGCUCCAAAUGGUUACAGGAAAAAAGUUCUCCAACUCCAAGCCCUCUUCACUGUUCUCUCUCCAACUGCCCCGGUGUGUGAGUUCAAGUAAAAACCUUGUGAAAGAACUGGAAAAUAAGAGUAGGAAGCCAGCUGCAGUGUAUGGCCUUGUUUCAGGCAGCCCACCAUCUGAGGCUUCCAGGACUCAAGAGCAGCACUCACACAAUUCACUGCCACGCCUCAUCGGUAGCUAUCCUUCACGACUUACCUUUGAGCCCAAGGACAGCAAUCCACCAGUUCAGCAGAAUAAUGCACCUUCUUUGGAUGUACAUCCUGAAGGGUCUGACUCUGUCAUAAUGCUCAACGGCAAAGACUUCAAACCUCCAACUCCAAGCACUCCUUUCUUCCAGGCCGAAUUAUGGAUCAAAGAAUUAACCAGCGUGUACGAUUCCCGAGCUCGUGAGAGAUUGAGACAAAUAGAAGAGCAGAAGGCUUUGGCGCUGCAGCUGCAGAGCCAGAGACUGCAGAAGCAGGAGUUUUCCAUACCUGAUUCAGUUGACCUACAUCUGCGAGUACCUCUUGAGAAGGAGAUUCCUGUUACAAUUGUCCCGGAAGAACCAAAGAUAUCUGAUGGUGAAGAGGAGUUCCCUGAGCUCACCGAAGAGAUGGAAAGGGAAAUAAAGAGUGUGUUGCGAAGCGGGAACCAGGACGACAUGCUAAGUGAAGCCUUCCGGUUAACAAUAACUAGAAAAGACAUUCACACCCUGAACAACCUCAACUGGCUCAAUGAUGAGAUCAUCAAUUUCUACAUGAACAUGUUGAUGGAAAGAAGUAAACAGAAAGGGUUUCCAGCUGUUCAUGCAUUCAACACAUUUUUCUUCACCAAGUUAAAAACUGCUGGUUAUCAAGCUGUAAAACGUUGGACUAAAAAAGUGGACGUAUUUUCUGUGGAUAUCUUGUUAGUGCCUAUUCACCUUGGUGUCCAUUGGUGCUUAGCAGUCAUAGACUACAGGAAAAAAAACAUCACAUACUAUGAUUCGAUGGGUGGAAUGAACAGUGAAGCCUGCAAGAUAUUGUUGCAGUACCUGAAGCAGGAAAGCCUGGACAAAAAACGAAAGGAAUUUGAUACCAACGGCUGGAUGCUGCUGAGUAAAAGGAGCCAGGAGAUCCCGCAACAGAUGAAUGGCAGUGACUGUGGGAUGUUUGCUUGCAAAUAUGCUGACUACAUUACCAAAGACAAGCCAAUCAAUUUCACUCAGCAACACAUGCCUUAUUUCCGGAAGCGGAUGGUCUGGGAGAUCCUCCAUCGGAAGCUGUUAUGAUUUCACGUCAAACACAGGACCCUUCAGAGACUAAAAUAGGCCUUUACCCUUCUCAGCCAUCUCAGAUACAGACUGCAUGGGAUUCCCAUCGCUACUUAACACACUGUAAAAAAAGAAAAAGAAGUCUGGAUUAUUUUUAAAUUCCAUUUCAUGCACCCAUGCGCUGUGGGACCUUUUUAGAAGCACACUUGCCUUUUGUUGUUGUUGUUCGUGUUGAGACCCUGUUUUUUCCAGUGCUGACAAACACAUCUUUUGAUCUCCCUGGAGUUCUCGCGGUCUUUUUUUAAAAAAAAAACUUCUGAGCCCUUUUUAAAAACAGCUGAUCCGUGCAAAUGAUUUAAGACCUGCCAAGCUCUGGGAAAGGAUGGCACAAAAGCACUUGGGUGGUUGUACCAUUUCUGCCCUAAUCUUAAGCUAGCUUCACAGCAUUUGGUAAGGACAGGUGCCGCACAUGAGCACUGCUGCAGCACACACCAGCAAUUUUUCUUCUGCAGCACAAAGCUUCCUUGUCCCUGUGUACUUAAACACUCAUGUACCACACAUCUGGGGACUUGAUCGGCUGACAUUUCCCAAAUGCGUGUGCUUACUUUAAUUCCCACAUGUCCUGUAUUUGGCUGUGGAUAGCUCAAGUUGUUUCCCCACAACAAUUGUAAGACAAAGCUCGACUCCUUUGUUUUUAAAUCCUCUGAGGCCCAGGUGGGAAGAGGGAACGCUAAAGCAUGGAAAGCUCGGAUAGACACACCAGCACACGAGAAGCCCCCUGCUGUUCUUUCCAUCGUGGCAUAUCCUUCCCUUCUGUUCUGCAACAAGCGACACUCGGUGGCAAAGGACUGAUCCCCUUUUCACUGAUGUUCAGUUGAAAGUUCUUUGUAGCAAUCUAAAUCUGUUCUGCCCUAGUGAGUUGCUGAUUACCAUUUCACUAGCGCUUUCUCCGGAAGCCCCGGGCCAGCUUCUCUGUCCCUUGGAACAAUAUGAUAUUUACUUACCAGAGAGGUUUCUUAGUCUGUGCCUCUCGCAGGCAGAGGGUAAGAAUGGAAUCUGAGUGGAGGAAGAAGGCCAGAGCACUUUGGGGCCUUGCCUGGAGUCAGCCCCAUACGAGCCAGCACACAACCUUCCUCCCCUCUUCUCAUUUUCUCGGCCUGCAAACGAAAUUGUAAGGAGAUCCUGAAAUAAAGAUGGACUGUCGCAUUGCAUCCCAGGAGCAGGAAAGGAUCUGUUCCCUGGGGUUUGUGAGCAAGCGAAGCAGCUAUCGGUUGACCGAAUGCUUGACCGACAAUGGAAGAGGGUGUUUCUUUGUAGAAUUUAGGUACAAUAUGGCUUGUUUAAAGCUCUUUUUUAUAAUUAUUGGUUAAACUGGGGGGGUUUUAUACGGUAAAUAUAUUUAUAAGCCUUUCCCACUGGUGCAGUGAACAAAUAUAUAUAAAUAUAUAUAUCUAUUGGGCUUUGCAGCUAUUGUAUGUACUGUAUGAAAUUCUCCCCAUGAAGUUCUCUCCACCUUCCCCCCCCCUUUUGUUGUUGAUAGCCAUAAGUGAUGGAGUCGAAGGACCAUUUAAGCUGGAACGCUUCCUCCUCCUCCAAGCCUGCUUUUUACGGAGACCCGUCUGGUGUCGCAGGACAGCAUAUAGAAUCGAUUUGGAUUCUGUAUGAAAUGCACGUUAAGGUGUGCUGCCAAUGGCAGCUUUUGUGUAUGUACAGACAACAGGCAGACAUUUUGCAGAGCCCAAAGCAACUUGAUUCUUCCUCGCCAGAGUUAUCUUGGAGUUUACCAAGAGGGGGACUCUCGCAGUGACAUCCUAAGCACCCUCCAUUGAUGUCAACAAGAUCGGAAGGGUGUCACUUGGCUGAGAAUGUCAUUGUCAAUCUCUCAUGGAUCCUGGUUUUUUUGGAGGGGGGGAAUCUUAUUGCUUCCCAGCGGCCCACUAGCGCUGCAGUCCUCUGUACGCAGUCCCCGUACAGCCUGUCUCAGUGGGUGCCUCAGUUAUAUGAACGGGUGUUGCAUAGCAGCUGCUCUUGAUAGUUGCAUCUGCUGUUAGUCAAGUUAGGGUGCAGCUGCAAAUUCUGUUCUGAAGGUUACAGGGCUGCUUACCAAGGUCACAUGCCACACAUUACCUCUUAGUGUACCUUUUUUUUCUAAUUCUAAAGAGUAAAUAAGUAAAUGUCCAGUUGUAUUUUUGCCAUCAGAUAGGGAACAUUUUAUAUAUUCUAUACCUGUAAACAGUAGUUUUGUACAAACUGCCUCCCCCAUGGCCUUUUCCCCUUGGUUGUGUUCUUCCUAGACAAGUUUGUAUCUUUUUUGAUCUGUCUUGUGUGUUUUUAUACCAGUCUCUUUGGUAACCUUUUUUUCUAUGUUUUUUUUCUGCAAGUAAUGAUUUAAAAGCCUGAAAACUGUAUAUUUUUUUUGGUAAUGUGUCAUUCUUAAAUAAUAAAGACAGCUGUUUAAAAAAAAA